CAAGGCUAUAAAGCAGACACCAAGUGUGACACUUGGAGACACAUUGGGAUUGUUACUGUCGGAGUAAGUCGCUGCAACAUUAUCCACCCGUGGGGUCAAAAAAGAACUAGUCAAGAAAUUGUCUCCAACCAAAUAUUGAGAAGACUGAAGUCAUUACCUUCAUUUCCCCAACACACUCCAUUCGUGAAUCACAAACUUUUGGCCCUCUCCAGAGCUACUGACUGAGGCCAAACAAGAUUAUGUGUAACAUAAAAAGAAAUUGCUGGAGAAACUCAGCAGAUCUGAUAGCAUCUGAGGGAAGAAAGCAGAAUUAACAUUUUAAAGUCCGAUGACUCUUCAUCAGAACUGCCAGAAAAAAAUGGUGCUUAUGCUGAAAGCAAUGUUUGUGGAGGGAUUGGGAAAGGGAGAAGUGAGCGGAUAGAUGGAGAUGGAGCCCAGAGAGAGAGAGAUAUAUGAAAAGGUCUACACCAUCGUUCUUCAGAUAAGGAGAGCAAAACAGCACACAAUACCCCAGAUCAUCAUACCAUCAACUUCCAUCAGCAUGACUCAGAAGCCAGGGCAAGUUUUCAAAAAGACAAGCCCCAACACCAAGCUCUCACUCUAUCUGGGAAAGCGAGACUUUGUAGAUCAUGUCGACACUGUGGACCCAGUUGAUGGCAUGUUGCUGCUUGAUCCGGAUUAUUUAAAGGGUAGAAAAGCUUACGUGACAUUGACAUGUGCAUUCCGAUAUGGAAGGGAAGAUUUGGAUGUCAUGGACCUUAGUUUCCGAAAGGAUAUUUACAGUGAGACAAUCCAGGUCUAUCCACCCAUUGCAGGCAACAAAACGCCACUGACUCCACUGCAGGAAAGGCUGGCUAGCAAACUGAAAGAGAACUGCUACCCUUUCACCUUCCAGAUCCCUCCAAACCUGCCAUGCUCAAUCACCUUGCAGCCAGGAUCAGAAGACCAUGGAAAGGCCUGUGGUGUGGACUUUGAGGUGAAAGGAUUCUGUGCAGAUAACCUGGAGGAAAAGAUUCAUAAAAGGAAUUCAGUGAAGUUGGUCAUCCGCAAAAUCCAGUACGCCCCAGAGAAAAGCACAGUGCAGCCCAAAGCGGAAAUAACUCGGCAAUUUCUCAUGUCAGAUAAGCCAUUACAACUGGAAGCAUCGCUUGACAAAGAGAUGUAUUAUCAUGGCGACCCUCUAAAAGUCACUGUCCACAUUAACAAUAACACAAGCAAGGUGGUGAAGAAGAUUAAGUUAUCUGUUGAUCAGGUCACAGAUGUAGUCCUCUAUCAACUUGACAAAUAUGCGAAGACGAUAUGUACGGAAGAACCAAAUGACACUGUGGCUCCCAACUCUACCUUCACCAAAGUUUACAGCCUGACCCCAACUUUGGCAAACAACCGACAAAAACGUGGCCUGGCCUUGGAUGGCAAACUCAAACAUCAGGACACCAACCUCGCCUCGAGUACCAUGCUCAGUCCACAACUGGAUAAAGAAGUCCUUGGAAUCCUGGUGUCUUAUCUGCUCAGAGUGAAGGUGAUAGUUUCCAGGGGAGGGAUCUUGGGAGACCUCACUUCAAGUGAGGUGUCUGUCGAAAUGCCCUUUUACCUGAUGCAUCCUAAACCUUUGGAGGUCAAUGUCUGGUAAGUCUGUAAUAAAGAA